AUACGCCUUACCUCCCUUUUCUCGCGGAUUCCUCUGAGCUCGCUCUCUCUCUCUGUUAGCUUCGUGGGAGGAGGAGCUAUUCUUCACACAAAGACAAAAGUCGAAUUCGCCUGAAUUUCUGCAUCGGAAGACCGACGUUCGAGCUCAAUCUGGUAAGGAGAAUCCCCGGCGCGGGGCGGGUGACGCUGGGUGCAAGAUAUAAAAGCUUCCGCCGGUCCCCGGGGGCAGCCGAGCGCAAAGGGCGACCGCCACUAGGUAAAACCGAAGUGUAGCAAUUUUUACCCGCUCUCGGCGAUUUGAGCUCCGCAGAUUCCAGAAUCGAAUUUGCUAUGGAACAGUAGGAUUUCGGAGUCUCGGUUCCAGCUCCAGCUCUCAAAUCCCCGCGAAACUCGGGUUGUUCUUUAGAACGAGGAAGGAAGAUGACGGAAGCGUUCGCUGGUGUUUGUUGUUGUUGUGGUUGUCCCAAUUGCAGGUUAGAGGAUUUUGAGCUAUGAGGAGCGUAUGCGUCGCAACUUUGUAGCUGGAUAAUGCCAGGCGUCCCUUUAGCAGCUCGUCAAGCUUCUUCAUUUGUCGCGUUGAAGCUUUCGAGCCUGAACUAUCUUUGAUUGUUGCGCCUCGCUCCCUUCGACGAAUAUCUGCAUUCUUCUUCCUGAGAAAGAACCGCCUUGGGCAUUGCAGAUAUUCGAGAAGUACGGAUCCGAUGUGCCGUCAAGACUCUCAGGUGCAUUUAUCUGCUGAAGAGGAACUUGCUGCUGAAGAGAGUCUCUCGAUCUAUUGCAAGCCUGUGGAACUCUACAACAUUCUUCAGCGCCGUGCUGUCAGAAACCCACUGUUUCUUCAGAGAUGUCUGAGCUACAAGAUACAGGUGAAGCACAGGAGGAGAGUACAAAUGACAAUUUCUCUGCCAAGGACUACAGCUGAAGGUUUACAAUCAGGAAGAGUGCUUCCUAUGUAUGUACUGUUGGCGAGAUUAGAGUCUGAGGUUAACAGUGUGGAGCAUUCUGCAGAAUAUCGCUAUAGUCGUGCAUGUGUCUUGACCAGUUUCAUGGGAGCUGAGGAUGAUACCCAUAGUAGGGCAAAUUUUAUUCUUCCCGAGAUCAAUAAACUAGCAUUGGAAGCCAAAUUAGGCUCUCUUUUCAUCUUGCUUGUGUGCUAUGCUGGACCUGAAAAAUCUCCUAAUGGAAAUGAUACAACCAAAACUCAACUGGAUGUAGCAACUUCUCAACGAAAUACUACUGGAUUCUAUCUUUUGGGAAAGAUACCGAUGAAAUCUCUUCUAUUGUGGGAGAAGUCACCUAACCUGAGUUUUGGACAAAGAGCAGAGGUGACCUUUUCUGUCGAUAUGCACACUUGUCUGGUCAAGUGGAGACAAUUAAAUGAAGACAGACACAUAUCUGUGCAAGUUCCAUAUAGCUCUGAAAUCCUGAGUGCACGAGAGCGUCUACAUGUAAUCGUUGCUGCUGAAGAGGUUGGGGCAAAGGAGAAAUCACCGUAUAAUUCAUCCAUGUGCAAUGAUGUCAUCUCAUCAUCAUUCUCCCAUAUAAUGCGCUUGAGGGCUGGCAAUGUUAUUUUCAACUACAGAUAUUACAACAAUAAGUUGCAAAGGACUGAAGUGACCGAAGAUUUCUCCUGUCCUUUCUGCUUGGUUAAGUGUGCAAGUUUCAAGGGUCUGAGGUAUCAUUUGUUGUCAUCGCAUGACCUCUUCAAUUUUGAGUUUUGGGUAACUGAAGAGCACCAGGCCGUUUAUGUCUCUGUAAGAACAGAUCCUUGGAGGUCUGAGAUUGUUGCCGAUGGUAUGGAUCCAAGGCUGCAAACAUUUUUCCUCUGCUUAAAACCAUUCAAGCGGAAAAGACCACUCCACCUAGUUCAAAAUGCCAAGCAUGUCUAUCCACUGGUCUUGGAAUCGGAGUUGCCUUCAGGAGUUACAAGUGCCACAGGACAAUCAUAUGCUGACACUGAUUCUGUUCAAUCAGUGUCAGCCAACAAUUUUGCACCCCCUGCAAUGCUUCAGUUUGCAAAGACGAGGAAGUUAUCGAUUGAGCGAUCUGAGCCGAGAAACCGUCUCCUCUUGCAAAAGCGGCAGUUCUUUCAUUCACAUCGAGCUCAGCCUAUGGCCGUUGAACAAGUGAUGUCUGAUCGAGAUAGUGAGGAUGAAGUUGAUGAUGAUGUAGCUGACUUUGAAGAUCGAAGGAUGCUUGAUGAUUUUGUGGACGUGACCAAAGAUGAGAAGCAAAUGAUGCAUCUAUGGAAUUCAUUCGUGAGGAAGCAAAGGGUGCUGGCAGAUGGUCAUAUUCCUUGGGCAUGUGAGGCAUUUUCAAAAUUGCAUGGAGAUGACCUUGUCCGUGCACCCGCACUUAUUUGGUGUUGGCGACUCUUUUUGAUCAAGCUUUGGAAUCACGGGUUGCUUGAUGCCCGCACCAUGAACAAUUGCAAUGUGAUCCUAGAACAAUGCCAGAAUCAAGGGUCAGAUCCCAUGAAAAGCUAGACCGGAAGUCUAUCGCAAUACAUCUAUGGCUGAUGAGCGUGGAGCAGGAGGGACGAUAGAAACUAACUCAUUGGUGAGACUGUGCAUCCAUUUUCUCGGAGGUUUUCUUUUCUUAUUUAGUUUUGCAGCAUCCUAAGGCCCGACUGUAUCUGUAAGUACGCUCCGUCCUUCGUCCGUCCUUCGUCGUGCAACUUUGACGAGUCAUCGAUUUUAUAUCUACAUAGAAAGUAAUCCGGCUAAUGGAACACAUCAGACACAUUGUUGCAAUUGCAAAAGCAAAGCAAUCUUUUUUAUCCUA